AUGCUCUUGCGCCUCGGACGCUGCGGCGUCGCAAACAAACUCCUCACUCGCGUCGCUAGAAGCGCGUAUUCGACGCGUAUACCCUUCCAUCGCGAGACGGUGAAGGUAUCGAUUGGCGGCAGCGGACACGUCGACCUAGAGAUACAGGCUCGAAUAUCCGACACCGAGUCACGCCCUUCGGUCUUGCUGCAGCUGCCUGCCGGAUCCAGGCUUGAGGCCCCUGCGGACCCUCAAGAAGCACCACCCGACAAUGCGCGCUUGCGUAACCUUCAUAGCGCCAUUAUAACGAUUCACUACCGCCUGUCUUCUCCAUUACCCCUCACUGCGACCGCUGCGCUGGACCAUCGGUUUCCGAUGCCUGUGCACGAUGUGCACACUUCCUUUGCGUACCUCACGUCCACGAUUCUGCCCGGACUUUUUCCAUAUGCUCUAGAAGAGCCAAGGAUCGACGUGGCGGGCUCAAGCAUAGGAGGGGCACUAGCCACGACCCUCGCAUUGACCGAGCCAAAUGCACUGAAUAGUGUUACGAUCACAGAUGCCCUCGUCGACUGGUGCAUGCUCGAUGAGCAUGCGGGAAUCGUUGAAGAAGCCCCUCCAGGCAAUUACCUGAGGGGCCAGAGGAAAAAGGCACCACCUUCCGUCGACCCAGAGGCCAUACAAACCGCCGCAAGAGCGCUCAUCGCGGCACGAACCAGACUCUUCCCAACGCCAUCGAGCUUCUUCGAUCCUUUCGCCUCUCCAAUGCUCUUCCUUCGCGCUCCUGGGCGGGACACACCACGAACGCAUGCCGAGGCCCUAGGCCUGGUCACCUCGUCGCAGGAAGCAGAACCGGAGCCGCACGAUACCAUAGCAUACGGGCCCUACAAUGACGACCAUGACCCAACACGUGUGCCAUCCAUAGAUUCAUUAGCAGACUCCAUGUCGAACAUGACGCUGCAGCAGCAGCAAAACAGACGUCGCCGCAAAGUCAUCCGCCGCUGGCCACCGAUCGGCGUACCUGAAGAUGUCAUGCUUCCUCGAUUUCAGAUCUUCAGCAGACCUCCCAGGAAUGACACAGAUGGUCAUGGUUGGCUGCUGCACAAGCAAGCUACGGAUUUGGCUGACUAUUUGCGCAGGGCGUGUUUCUGCGGCCGAGAAAAGGGAUUCGCUGAAGAUCGCGGCUUCACAGACAUCCACAUCUUCGAAGCCUCUUCGCGACUAACAACCCUCGGCGUUGGCAUCAACGUCCAACCAUCCGCCGUACUCAUUCUCCGCAACCUCGGCCUCCUCCCCACCCUCCUCUCAACCGGCAUACAAACCAAAGAGCUCAAUUUCUACGACCGCCAUGGCAACCCAAUCCUUUCCGAGCCUCGCGGCCUGUCCGCUGGCUAUACGAUUCCGCAGUUCUCUAUUCAUCGCGGCGAAUUGCAACAACUCCUUCGCUCCGCCGUCGAGGACCGCCUCGGCAAGGACACAAUCCACCUGAACCACGCCUUCACUUCCUACACCCAAGACGCCAAUUCCGUCACAGCACACUUCACCCAACGUAGCACUGGCGAGCUAGCCACAGACCACCCAUCAAUCACAGGCGACAUCCUCAUCGCAGCCGACGGGAUCAACUCCCACGCCCGCAAGCUGCACUACCCAACCGAAGGGCCCCCACGCUUUAGCGGCCGCAUCCUCUGGCGCGGCUGUAUCGAGCUCCCCAACCCCUACUUGACCGGCGCCUCAAUGAUCUGGGACGGCCACGCAAAUCAAAAGUUCAUCGCGUAUCCCAUCUCGGCGCGGUCCGCUUCCGAGGGAAAAUCCCUCGUGAACUGGAUCGCUGAGCUGCGCGUUCGCGAUGAGUCCGAUCCGGAUCUGACGCCACCUCCGCCGGCGGACUGGACGAGGAGUGUGCCCAAGGAGACCUUUCAGGAGCCAUUUCGCAAGUGGCGGUGUGGUGGGUUGAGGAUGAUGGAGGAUCUGAUCGAGCCGACGGGGAAGGUGUAUGAGUUCCCUAUGUGCGAUCGGGAUCCGGUUGAGCGGUGGUCGUUCGGUAGGAUGACGCUGUUGGGGGAUGCGGCGCAUGCGAUGUAUCCUAUUGGGAGCAAUGGGGCGAGUCAGGCGAUUCUAGAUGCGGAGUGUUUGGCUGCUUGUCUUGUUGAGCACACCAGUGGUGCGGGUGAUGUGGAUGUUGAAGCGGCGCUAACGACGUAUCAAACUCGGCGCCUGCCGCCUACCGCGGCGAUCGUGAUGGCGAACCGCGGGAACGGGCCUGAUCAAGUUCUGCAGCUAGCGCACGAGCGGGCUCCGGAAGGGUUCGACGAUAUCUACAGUGUGGUUCCGAAGGAUGAAUUGGAGGCCGUUGGGUCGGUGUACAAGAAGAUAGCUGGGUUUGAGAUGGAGAAGGUGAAUGCGAGGGCGGCUGAGACGGUCGGGGAGGAGCGGCGAUGGUUCGGGGCCGAUAAGGCCAACGGCGAGGUCGAUGGUCACGCAAAUGGCCAGGUCGAAGGACGUGCGAGGCAUGUCAAUGGCACGCCGGCAUAG